AUGGGCUCUGACGGUAAACAUCAUGGAGACUACUCCCGGUUCUCUCAGACCGAAAAACACGAAGUUCUCGAACAAAUCGUCGAGUCGUAUCAGGCUCUUGCGGAUGGGCAAACCAACUGGGUGUGCAACCUUGCCAAUGCCGCCUCACUACUCUGGCACGGUUAUCAUUCCCUUGCCCCUCCAUCUCGUGGGAAAUCCGUCAAUUGGGCCGGGUUCUACGUCAUGGACAAAAAUGUCUCCGAACAAUUGAUCUUGGGACCAUUCCAAGGGCUUGUGGCGUGUCAAACAAUUAAGAUUGGCCGUGGGGUAUGUGGAACCGCUGCAGGCGAGAAACUCACCCAAUUGGUGCCAGACGUCGAGAAAUUCCCAGGACAUAUUGCCUGUGAUGGGAUCACAAAGAGUGAGAUUGUCGUGCCAAUUGUCGACGCUGAAGGAGUGGUCCGUGGGGUGAUUGAUCUUGAUAAUACUGAACUUGAAGGAUUCGACGAAGUGGAUCAAAAGUAUUUGGAGCUAUUGGCCAAACUGAUUGCCGAAACUUGUGAGUGGUAG